AAAUGUUUAACUUUAUAAGUAUAUUGAUUAUCUAUAUUCAAAGACCUAAAUACUAUGUAACCAAGGCCCAUCAGGAUUCAAAUGAAUAAUUCCUUUCAAGGUAUAACCAAUAUAUUCAAAUUUAAGUAAAACUAGAGACCCACCCAAUUCGAGAGAAUUCAAGAAGACUAUUCCUAUAACUAUGGUUUAAGAUAAGGAAAGAUUAUAUGAAGAGCUUAAUAAGACUAAAUAACUGUGCAAUAAUCUAAAAUUGGAGAAUCAUCAACUUAAAGCAUAAUUAAAAAGUUAAGAAACUGCCAUGCUCAAAUGUAGUGAUGUAUAUCAUAAUUAUAUUUAGCCUGAAAAAGAAGAGUACUAAGCCUCUGUUAUAAAUGCAAUACCUUAUCAAUAUAAGAAAUAAAUUAAUGAAGUCCCACAAUCUACUAUUAUUUUAUAAUUGAAGAAACAGAAUAAAGAUUUAAGAGAAGAACUUGAUGAUUUUAAAGAAGAAAUGAUAAGAGUGAAGAGAAGUGCCAAAUUGACCAAAAUCUAAGAAUUAGAAGCUGAAUUGAAAAUUUAUUCAGAAGAAUCAUUGCGUCUAAAAUAGCUUCUACAUUAAUAAAUACUGAAAACUAUGAAUCCGUAAUUUAUUUUCUUCAACAUUAUAGUACUAAAACAGAAUAAAGUAUUGAAGAUAGUAUUCUUGCCUUAUAGGAAUAGUUGCAGAAAUGUGUUUCUUAAAGAAAUAAAUAAUAUUAAGAAUUAAAGAAAGCUUAAGAAGAAAUUGAAAAGUUGAAUUUCUUGAAUUAGGAAUUAGAAUAGAAUUAUUAGAAAAGCAUUAAAGAAAAAACUUAACUUAAGAAAUAAUUAACUUCAUUAGAAGAAUAAUUUAAUAAGGCUUAAUUGAAUGAUCCCUUAUUUAAAAGAGGAUAAGAUGUAACUUAAAUGAAAUUAGAAUUAGAAAAAAAGGUAGUAGAAAAUAAUCAAUUAAAAAAUGAUAAUAUGAUAAAAGAUAGAAAAGUUCAUGAAUUAGAAAGAUAACUUAAAGAUGUUACUAGUACAUUCUAAGAUAAAUUAAAUACAGUCACAAAAGAAAAAGAAAGUUUUAAAGAGAAAUAUGAAAAGUAAAAGUAGGAGCUUAUUGAAUUACAAGAUAAAUAUUAAUAAUUGUUUUUCAAUAGUAAUAGAAAUUUACAAUCAUAACAAUUAUAAAGUGGUAGGAGAGAAGUUGCUUUUACAGUGUAAUCUUAAGAAGAUAUCUAGAAUCAAAGGAGAAAAUCAUAGGAAUUUACACCUGAAGUUUAGAAAUAAAAUGACACAUAAUAAUAGAAUUAACAAUCUAUUUAAUAAGAGAAGUAAAGUUAUAGAAGAAAAGUACAAAGAAAGUUGAGUUCGAUUAGAUAAGAUGAUAUUGAAGAAUUACUUACUUAAUUAAGAUAUAAAUUAAGAGCAUAGAAUAUAAGAAAUGCAGAAUUAGAAUUAUAUUUAUUUCGAUAAAAAGAUACAAAUGAGACAUCUCUAGGAGAAUUGAUAUAGAUUUUAUAAAAUAAACCAUUUAAUUUAAAUCAAAAUGAAAGUGUAUAGAUAUCAAGAUAUUUAAUUGAACCUUAUGGUGAAAAGGAAAUUACUUAUAAUAUCAAUUUAACCAAAGAUAAUGAAAGUAUUAUGUAGACAUUGAUAAGAGCAAUUGGUAAAUAUAAUAUAUUGGUUGGAGAGGAUAAAUUAUAAAUGCAUGAACAAAUAAGAUAAAAACUUAAUGAAAAAAAAGAUGAUUUAAUUGCCUUUCUAAAACCAAAGAAAUAACAAGGAAAUUCAUAAUAAUCUAUUUCUGCUUAAUUACCAGGAAGUUUAGUAAAUAGACAAUAAUUUAAAACAGCACUAUUAUAGACUUCAUUAGAUGAGGAAUAAACAGAUGUUCUAUUAUAAACAUUAUAUGAAUAAACUUAGGAUUUUAAUUUCAUUGAUUUAGAUAUGGUUUUUUAAACUUGGCCAAGUUCAGGACCAAUUAAAAUAAAUAGAUCUCAGAUAGAAUAAUUAAAAGAAGAUGGUGAAUUACCUGAUAUAGUCCGUGAAUGUAUAGAUAGUUUAUUAGAAUAUGCAAAUAAAUAAGGGUUAUCAAUAUUAGAUUUAAGAAGACAGAUUGAUGAAGAUAAUAGUGGUCAUGUAGAGAGAACAGAAAUGAAAUAAUUUUUAGUUAAAUGUGACAUUCAAUUAAAUAAUGAAUAAUAUGAUUUAAUUUUAGAUCAUUUUGAUUUAGAAGGGGAUGGUCGUAUAUCUACUAAUGAUAUUGGAAUUGUAUUAAAUAAAGCAUAUAAUCAAAAGAUGAUUGCCAUGAAAGAGUAAAGAACUACAAAGAAAACUUCGAAAUGUAUUAAUAUAAAUAUUUAGAAAUUUUAAAUUUGGUGGCUAGUCAUUUUUUAUAAUUCAUGUAGAUUAAUAAAUUAGAUCUAUUUUAAAUAUUCAUGACUAUAGAUUAAGAUGGAUCUGGAUCUGUGAGUAAAGAUGAAUUUAAAUAAAUGUUGAGAACUCGAGUAAGUUUAUAUACUUAAAUGGAAGAUUGUAAUUCCUUUGGAUUAGGAAGAGUAUGCAGAUUUUUUCAAAUUGAUUGAUAAUUCAAAUGAUGGAUAGAUACAUUUCAAUGAGUUUUAAUAGCAUAUGAUACCUGAGAUUGAGAAGAUUACUUAGAGACCCUAUCAUGAAUUGUUAAGUGAGCAUAUUACUAAGAAAGUUGUAUGA